AUGACCACGGCUUCCGCGCCAGCGACACCUACUGAACGCGGGAAUACCUUCAUACGGCACACUAAGAAUGCAAUAGCUUCCCUUUCGUCAAGACAUAAGGAGAUUCUUGACCAAAUAACCCAGCUGCAGCAAUCUCAAUCACAAGCGCUCACUGAUAUAAAUAACCGGAUAGAAAACAUCGCACCGCGUGAUAUAAGCGAUUCGGAAAAGGAUAUUGAUACUCUAGUAAACAAUCUCAAAUCACGACGAAGACGAAGUAGUAGUGUACAGCAGCAAUCUGUUUCUUCUAUCCCACAACUUGAAUUUUCUUUGAAAGUUGAUGAAGUUCUUGAGGGGGGAGAAGAUGAUUAUAUGGAGAACUUACAAACUCUUCCAGAGGGGGACAAUCGAUGUUCUAUGCAAAAGACAGGCAAACAAGUUACGCAUCGUCUAAAUAAGGAGCAAAAUGCUGAUUUAUUGAGUACGGGGGAAUUGGAUUUAAAGUACCUUUCUGCAGAGAAUAAUAAUACAACAGACUCGGACUCCUGUGAUGAUACUAUAAGCAAUAACCUAGAUAACAGUAAUGCUAAGGAUACGAAUGAGAUUAUUAAUCGGAGAUCUAAUAAACUACAGCCCGGUUUAACUAUAAAUACAAAAUCUAUAAGUUCGAAACGUCGUCCUCUUACGCCCGAGUCAUCUGAUUCAGAAUUCGAUAUGGCGAGUGCUCAUUUACAGCUUACUCCAUCUUUGAUGGGUAAGGGUUCAUUGCGACGACGUUACGGAACUGACAAUAAUCAGUUAGAUUUCAAUAACCGCAGUCGUCCAACGAGCAUGCUUUACUCUUCCAUGGAAGAAAUUGAAGAAGAAACAAGUUCAUUCUCUGAUAAUGCUAUUGGUGAGGAAGGUAAGGCCAUGCUGCCUGCCAGCAAGUUGACUACUGCUUCUGUGAAUGGACGAAGACUAUCUUCGCUGCAAAGGUUUUCAAAAGAUGGCGGUGACACUACUUCGAGAGUAAAUAGAACGCCUGGACGACGUCCCGACGAUCGUCAUGCAUCAACAGAGAUUGCUGAUGAUAAUAGCAGUGUUGUUUCGGGAGAAUCCUUACUGGAAGAAUUGGGCAGCUUAAAAUCUCGCAUUCAGAGACUUGAAUCUGAACACAUUGACUCCCCUAUCGAUCGUCGACGUCGACGUUUCACAUACGACAUGAUGUCGCCGAGCGUGACAUCUCCUAAUGACUCACAAGGUACGAGUUCAACAGCAACUAGUUCAUCAAGUCGCUCUACUGUAUCCGCUCAACAUCAGAAGCAUUUGCAAAAUGCUUUCGAAUUCUUUGAAAAGGCCUUUCCGACAACGAUAUCACAAUCGACUGAAGAUACAUCUCCGUCACCCUCACGUUCUAUGGCGAUGGUUGUGUCAACCGCGCUACUAUUGAAUCGGAGGUUUCGUAGUAUAUUGGCACAACCAGAUAUGGAUCCUCAAACUUUGGAAAGGACCGUGAAGGACCUGCUGAAAACUAGUGAUGAACAGAUACGCAGCCUGACGGAAUGUUUGCUAGCAUUGGGGCCAUUAGCACAGAGAGCUUAUGCAGUAAGGAAUAUUACUGCUGAGAGAGAUUAUAAACAAAAUGUGCAAAAUGGGCGUUCCUCAACGAAUUCCUCGAUCUUGGGAAUUCCGACAACGACUCAUACGAACAGAUCUGUAUCUCCUUCGCUGGCUUCCUCGCGUCUUACGAUGGCUAACGGCUCGGCUCAAGAAACUCAAACAUCGUACCACGAAAUGCAACAGGGAACCGAGCAAGGUGAUCAAGCUGGCCGACGAACUUCUCCAGUUUCUUCUGUCGGUCCAACAUCACCAACAUUAUCUUAUUACGGUGGUUCCCGGGCUACAUUACGAUAUAAUCGUUCUGGGCACCAAGUUUCUCCAAACUUACCAUCAGAGUCGGUCAAUGAUUUUCAGCAGCCAUCACGACGUACUCUUGAAUCUCGAGAACGUCGAUCCCGUCGGUCUUCUGGCGGUUCGCUCAGUUCUUUUUCCGGAACUCUACCCUCAUCACCAUCUCCACCACCUUUACCAACAUCAACACAGAGUGAACAUGAGUCAACAACGCAGAGUCCCCGCGUGCAAUACAAGCGCGAGCAACGAUUUUCUGCUCAUCGCUAUAGUAUGUCUUCUGGUACAAGUCAACCUCGAUAG